AUGGGACUCGAAGAAGAUUCAGAACAACAACAAGCUGUAGAUGUUUUCGAUCUGUUACCAGAUGCUUUGGUUCUUGAAAUCUUCAACAGAGUACAAGAUGCCAGAUCGUUAUCUGCUUGUAUGGUUCUCUGUAAACGUUUCGGAGAUCUUGCUACCCAAACGGACAACGUUUCUCUAGAAAUCAUUCGCCGGAAUAAGCUACCGGAGAAUGGGGAUUCCGGUUGGCAUACGAACAAAUCAAAAGCUUUCUUUGGAAGAUUCAUUAUGAAUCCGAUUCAAUCUCUUUUACAUCGUAUGUUUUCGAGGAAAUCUAAGGCGUGUUCCCACUGUAAUUCCGAUGAUGAAGAAGACGACACCAUGUUUAGAUUGCCUGAUGAGUUGCUCAAGAACUUUAAGGAAAUCCGGUCUUUAUCCGUGAAACUCCCCGGUCACGACGGAGAUAUCUCGUCGGAAAAUGGUUCAGGCGCGUUGUUGAAAUGGAAGGCGGAGUUUGGGAAGGAACUCGAGAGCUGCGUGAUUUUGGGAGCUACAGGAUUUAAGAAAUCAGAAAUGAAACUGAAGAACGACGGAGAGGAAAGCGGUAAAAACGAUGAAAGUUCGCCGGCGCCAUUGGAGUCUAGAAACUUGACUAGCAAACAGCUUAAGAAACGAGUUGUGUGGACGAUAUCGUGCUUGAUUGCUUCUUCUGCGAGACACCAUAUGUUGAAGAAGAUCAUUUCGUUAAAUCCGAUGAUACGAGAUGUGAAGAUCAGCGAUGGAAGUAAACAAGGGACGAUUGGGAUGACGGAGAGGCAGGUGGUGGAGCUCAGGGAGGAUGUGAGUCCCACGACGGAGGUGGAUGUGGAGGCGGAAAGAACGAAAGUUCCGGCGGUGACGAUAAAGAUGUGGUACGUGCCGGUGUUGGAGUUGCCGGAAUCUGGUUACGUGAUGAAAGGGGCGACUCUGGCGGUUAUUAGACCGGCGGUUACGGCGGCGGAGAAGGAUGAUGACGUCAGCUUGGCAAUGGGUGCAUUUGACGAGAAGUGCAUGGGAGAAGCUGUGAGGAAGUUGAUUGAAAAGAAAAAGUCUUAUACACUGGAAAUGAAUUCAUUUUAA